UGAACAAACACACAUGCCACACAUACUGGGAUGCCACUCUCCGCAGCACUUGUUAGCCAAAAGAUGAUAAAGAACUUUGGAGCCAUGCAGGCAAUGCCAGUGAACAUCAGAAUCCUGUACUUUGCCAAACACUGCGCUGAACCCUAUGUAGAGAUUGUCACGGUUACUGAGACAAAGCGGUGUCAGAGCGUAUGCAGCUCGGAGGAUGAGGAGCCGGAAGACCUCCUGCCAGUCCUGACGGACCACAGCGAGCUUCUGGAGGACAGCCACAUCCAGAGGCUGGGCAGUCACCUCCCGGCACGGACGCAGGGGUAUCCAUGGCGGCUGGUGUACAGCACAAUAAUGCAUGGGACAAGCCUGAAGACACUGUACAGGAACUUGGCACUAGUAGACAGUCCUGUGAUUCUGGUCAUUAAGGACAUGGACAAGCAGGUGUUUGGUGGUUUCUCCUCCCACCCCUUCAGAGUGAGUAAGCGUUGCUACGGGACUGGGGAGACAUUUCUGUACAGCUUCAGCCCAGAGCUUAAGGUGUUCCACUGGAGUGGCGCAAACUCGUACUUUGUGAAAGGCCACAGAGAUUGCCUGCAGAUGGGAGGUGGAGGGGGUCUCUUUGGCCUGUGGCUGGAUGCUGACCUGAGCCGUGGCUGCAGCUUAGCCUGUGACACCUUCCACAACCAGCCACUCUCCACAAAGCGGGACUUCAUGAUCCAGGACCUGGAGGUGUGGGCCUUCCACUGAACCAUCCUGGUUUUGCCAGGUUUUUUUUUCACCAGAGCACUAAACUGAACACAGGGGCCCUGUCAGAAGGAAAUUCAAAAGCGCUUAACACAUGGCGCGCAGGAAACAGUAAUGUUCAAAAACUACACUUCAGAAUGCGAACCAGGCCAACCUAAAUUUUAUGCUGUAGGAAUGAGUUUUUUAUUCAGUCACUGUUAUCUCUGUUAAAAUUGAUUUGUUUAACUUGCGUUUUUGAGGAGAAGUACUUUUAUCAGGCUUACAGAUCGGGUUUGAUACCCCAGGACUGGUAUCUGUGGCCCUCAUCCAUUUCCCUUAUGAACUACUCCUCAGUUCUGCCUUCAUUCCUGGUGCUGCAGAUCUCAUUUAACAUGGGAAGAAAUGUUUACAUGAACUAUAUAAGCCUUUGGAAACAACUGUCUGGAUUUCAAUUAGCAGACAAGAAGGUGGGCCCAAAUGGGUCACUCAUAUUUCAAAGGAGGUUGUAACGUAUAUUCAGUGUAUGUCAUGUCUUUGUCAAGGACCAAAUUUUGUUAUACAGAAAUAAUGCUUCAUUCUUUGUUCUUCACAUCGGUUAAUCUUUGCAUUAUUUUUAAAUGAGUUUUUGUUUGUUUUUUAUUGAAAUGUGCUGCCAUAAAUGCUUUGGUUGUGGUUGUUUUAUGUAUUGUCUGCCUGUGUGCUUGUUGUCCUAGUGCCUGUUUUCUCACAGUGCUGUUUUUUAAUUGUAUUUUUUUUACCAAUUUAUGGAAGUUUUGUGGGAUUCAUUUUGACUGACAUUCAUGUUGAUCUGAUGUCAUCCUGUAGUCCUCCUCUUUCCCUCUCUUAUCCUGAUCUAAGCCCAACAAGCGCAAGGCAGCGACUACUGAGUGUGUCUGUAUGUCUGUAUCUUCAGGGGCAGCUAGGGUAAUUCUCUGAAAAGAAAACCAGGUGCUUAACUAUGUAAUACAAUAACUACCAAUACUGUAUAUCUAAUUUGAGUGUCAUGUUCACUAGACAGUGUCGAUGAAUGUUUAAAAUGAAAACCCAGGGAGUGUGUUUAACAGGCUGCACCCAACACAGAAAGUUGUUUAUUGCCUGACGCCAUUUUUCUGUGCUCAGUGAACUAGAACGGUCCAAGAAUGUUGUGAGAAAAUCUCUGCCAUGCUCUACUAUUGGAGCAUGGGAGAGUUCACAACUGAUAAAAAAAGAUAAAGUACGCAAUCAAAGAGGAAUGGUGGGUGCCUUUCAAUUUCUGACUGCGUGACAGCAGGACAAAUUAUCUCCCAGUCCUGAAGUGUCCUCAUAUUGUAUUCCUUGUGAUGAUCUCCUGCCAGCACACAGCUAGCCUGGAAAGCACUGAUGAGCCAAUCUCAUACUGGUGGAAGGCAACAGGUAAGAGUUGUCAAUGUGUUGGGAGUGAAAAGUGAUUGAAAAUGGUAUACUAAUGCAAUGGCUGUUUUUGACAAUGGAACUCAUGCACUGAAACAAUCUGUUAUUUCAUAGAAUGUUGUUUUGCUAAGCUCACGGCAAAUAAAACAUUUUUUU